AGAAGGGGCUGAAAGUCCAGUGACGUUAGCACCGUUGCCUAAUGAUGGUCCUUCUGGUUGAUUCUUCGAUCGCAAAGAGGAGUCACCUUUUUAAUUGGACGUGAUACAUUUCUGCAGAAAAAUAUGCAUGGAAUAAGUCUUUUGGACUCUAAAAACUACGAUCUUACCAACGUUUUUUAUCAAUGGCGGAAGCAAAGAGGCAAUUAUUUCCUUCAUCACAUACACAUACAGUAUGCAGUUGUUACAGGAGCAAACAGGGGGAUUGGGUUUGAAAUUUGCAGGCAGUUAGCUUCAAACGGGAUUGUGGUUGUAUUAACAGCCAGAGAUGAGAAGAGAGGCCUUGAAGCUUUUCAAAAACUCAAACACUCUGAUCUCUCUGAUCUUCUUGUAUUUCAUCAGCUUGAUGUUACUGAUGCUGCCAGUAUUGCUGCUCUUGCAAAUUUCAUCAAAACUCAGUUCGGAAAGCUUGAUAUUCUGGUGAACAAUGCUGGUGUUGGUGGAAUUGAAGUUGAUGUUGAUGCUUUCAAAGCUGAGUCUGAUAAGGACGGUGGAAACAUCAAUUGGCAAAAAAUAUCAACUCAAACAUAUGAGUUAGCUGAAGAAUGCCUGACAAUAAACUACAAUGGUGCCAAAAGAAUGGCUGAGGCACUUAUUCCCCUACUCCAAUUGUCUGAUUCGCCAAGGAUUGUUAAUGUUUCAUCCUCAAUGGGGAAAUUGAAGAACGUAGGAAAUGAAUGGGCUAAAGAAGUGUUUGUUGAUGCUGACAACCUAUCGGAAGAAAGAAUUGAUGAGGUGUUGAGCAAGUAUCGAAAAGAUUAUAAAGAGGGUUCACUUGAAAGCAAAGAUUGGCCUGCUUUUAUGUCUGCCUACAUACUAUCAAAAGCAGCUAUGAAUGCCUACACAAGGAUCCUAGCCAAGAAGUUGCCAACUUUUCGCAUCAAUUGCGUCUGCCCUGGCUAUGUCAAAACAGAUGUUAACUUGAAUACUGGAAUAUUAUCAGUUGAAGAAGGAGCUGAAAGUCCAGUGAGAUUAGCACUGUUGCGUAAUGAUGGUCCUUCUGGUUGCUUCUUUGAACGGAAAGAGGAGUGUCCUUUUUAAUUGGACAUGAUACAUUUCUAUAGACAAGUAUGGAUGGUUAGAGUUCCUGUGCUUUUCACUAGUAUAAUUAGAGAAUAAUCUCACACUGUAUCAUAAAGUCUAGGGAAAACCAGUAUGUAGCCUUUUUUCAGAAUGUGUGUGUUGAAUAAAAGCUUAUGUUUUGCAUCCAUGUCAAUUGUCAUUAAAGAACAGCAGGACACUAUUUGUCAAUUUUCAUUCUCGCU